GGCGCCCUCUUUUCCCGCCAACGGAGCGGGAGGGGGCGUGGCCGGGGAGAGGAAAUGGCCGGGCUUCCUGCGCGCGGCAUCGGCGGGAAGCUGAGCUUGAAACGGCGGCGGGAGGACCGCGGGGGCGUCGCUGGGACGUUUUCCACCAACGCUUCCUGGUUUGAAAAGCAAGAGCUAAGUGAGGCUGAAGCUUCAUGGAUUACCUUGCUGAGGACUGUGGAUCCACAUCUGAAUCAAUCAAAUUUAGAAAAAUUUGUCAGCUUCCCGGAAUUUCAUCCAAAGAAUUCUCAAAUUGCGAAUCCUCAACCCCCUCUCGAAACAUUUAAUUGUGGAACCAAGACCUUUGAAUGGGUUCCGUUCCCAGUUUAUCACAGAGACUGGGAAGCCACCGGUUCAGGAAGGCAUCAAAACUGUACGCCUGAAGAAACAAAAUCCAUUUCCACAGGAGAAAAUGACCAAGAUGAGACACAAAGGGUAGCGUAAGACGUUCUGUUGUGCUGGAAGAUGAAGCAUUUGAGAUAUCUUAAGCCACUCACCAAAUUUGCCCAGACUUUUUUCACUAACAAAUGCUCUGAACUGUCCCUAAAGUUUUGAAUUUCAAAGUUAUGGAAAAAAGACUCCUUUGCAGAGUGACGUAGCAUGAUAGAAGAUUACUUAACAAGAACUCACCUCUGCAAGAGAUGCCUGCUAUUUCUUCCACUGGCAGCCAGGAGGAUCAGAGUAGCAUAUCCAAUGUGUGUAAUAUUACAGAAGUUAUUCUUUCAGCGAAAAUCUGAUUUUAAGAAAUAAGUGGGGACUAAGCGCAUCAUGAAUACAUUUGGGAAAGGGAUAGCAAUAAAAUGAAUGUUAGUUGACUACUACAUGUUAGAAAGCAAAAACAGAAAAUCAGAAGUUUCCCCCAACAAAGGCACCUAAUAUUAAAAUAUCUUGGAAUUUUUUUUUUUAAACUUUAGAAGAUUUUCAUUAGCAUGAAACAUGGCUAUGUACUUGGAGGUUUUCCUCCCCACCCCCAUUUAAAUGUGAAGGGCAUAAAUGUGAAUGAAUCAUCAGCCAGAUAAAUAGAAAACCAGCAAAGAAUUUAUAUAAGUAAUAGGUUGGCAUUAAGUGCCAGCUUUAAAAGCAGCAGGAGGAGCUGACUCAUAGUUUUCAAUAAUUUUUGCAAAGGAAUAAAUUGAAACACUCACUUUUUGGAAUGAUAAUGGUUAGGAACUAGGUAAAAGAAAAUUGACGAAAAUUUGAUAUCCAGCCAAAAUUUUAUAUCCAAUAACACGAUUCAGAAAUUAGUGAACUCCAUUUACCAUGUAGCCUCAUUAAAAAUUGAACAAGAUAGUAAAAAUUUUUCUCUUUUGUGUUAAACUAGAUGACGAAUGUGGUAGAAUUAGUAGUUACCUAGAAAUAUAAUAAGAGUUGUGUAUUAGUAGAUAGUGAUUUUAUCUGCAGAUCAAAUUAUCUCAAUUGUUUCCAGUUCAUAGAUACUCCAAACUAGAACAUGGUAAUAAUUGUGCUAAACGUUUAUUUGAAAACAAAGAUGAUGAGAUGUUAACAAAAUCAUAAAUAUGAACCAGUUGCCAAGCAUCCAAAUUUUGAUCACAUGACCAUGGGGAUGCUGCAACGGUGGUAAGUGUGGAAAACGGUCACAAGUCACUUUUUUCAUUGCUGUUGUAACCUCAGACAGUCACUAAACAAACUGUUGUAAGUCAAGGACUACCUAUAUAGUGAAAUCUUGAUGGGUAUUUGGUUAUGUAGCCCUGCAAAGGACAAAGAAAUGUUUUUUGUAAAUGUUAUUUCAAUAACUUUGGAGGAAUUGAGUUUACAUAAUCAGCUCGGGAUUUAAAUAAGUGUCAAAAGUCAACACGGUUUUAAAGUACAGCUCCACUUUAGCGAACUAAACACAACUACACUAAGAGCUCUAAUUUCAUGCAGAUUGAAUUUAACCACCUUUACAGUUAUAGAGAAAUACGAAUUCUUGAAUAGUAACUAAGGGUUCAUGUUUGAACUCUGCUUUUAUUAUAAUAGUUGUUUCCAGACAGUUUGAAGAGAUCAACUUUGUUUGAAGAGGUCAAAUGCAAACAAAACCAUUUGGUGUGCAGGACGUAUGGAACUGAAAUAUAUGAAUAAAACAUGGUAAUCCAUCUGAAGAAAGUAUAUUAUAUUUUUGCAUAAUGAAAUGAGUCAUAAUAUUUUCAUUAAAGUCUUUAAUAGAUGUGCAAGAAUA